UCAAAAAGAACCGCUAAUAUGGGCCUAACUCUGAAAGGACCAUGAAGAAUCUCUGAAAUCAAUAAAGCAAUUAACUACUCAGACGCAAAGGAUGCUCGCACAGGCGCAGCUUCACAUCUUCCCCAAAAAUGGCAGCCAAUUUCUGGACUUCUUCUCACUACAAGCAGCUUUUGGACCCGGAAGAGGUAGAUGUGGUGCAGCCACUGGACAAAGACAAGGGCAUGACUCUUGAAGAUUUCAAGCUUAUUAAGAUGAAUAUGGCCAAUUACAUAUGGAAAUUGGCUCAAAAUGUUAAAGUUAGGCAAAGGGUUGUGGCCACUGCAGUUACAUACAUGAGACGUGUAUAUACCAGAAAGAGUAUGUCAGAAUAUGAUCCACGACUAGUUGCUCCAACCUGCUUGUACUUGGCAGCAAAGGCUGAAGAAAGCACUGUGCAGGCUAGACUUCUUGUUUUUUACAUAAAAAAAUUAUAUUCUGAUGAAAAGUACAGGUAUGAAAUCAAAGACAUACUGGAGAUGGAAAUGAAGAUUUUGGAAGCACUUAACUAUUAUCUGGUUGUGUUCCAUCCUUAUCGAUCAUUGUCACAGUUGUUGCAGGAUGCUGGCAUUAAUGACACAAGUAUGAUUCAAUUAUCUUGGGGACUUGUCAAUGACACCUACAAGAUGGACCUAAUACUUAUUCACCCCCCACAUCUAAUUGCUUUAGCUUGCAUAUACAUUGCUAGUGUAUAUAGAGAGAAAGAUAUAACAGCGUGGUUUGAGGAGCUUCGUGUUGAUAUGAAUGUGGUGAAAAAUAUUUCAAUGGAGAUACUCGAUUUCUAUGAAAGCCACAGGCUUAUCACGGAUGAGAGAAUUAACAUUGCCUUCAGCAAACUAGCAUUGAAGCCCUAAAUUGUUUGGUGAUUCCCGUGAAGUGAAAUCUUCAUCCAUCGAGUAAAACAUGUUUGUUCUUUUAGAAGAAAUGUGUCGGAAUGGCCCUGGUGGAUGCAGUAGACAUCUUUUGCAGGACUGCUAUGUUUCAGCCAUCAUAGACGAGAGAGAUCAUGAUCAUAUACAGUAGUUGUCCAUUUACUUGGGACAACGUCUUGAUGUGCUUCUCUAUUCAGAUCCAUAUGUAAGCAUUAACUGAGGUAGAAAAAUGAUAGCAAGCAUGGUUGCUAGCUCUGACCCCCUUGUCAUGGAUAUCAUUUUUAAACUUUAAAUUCUGAAACUUGAAGAUAACAUCUUCCUCA